GCCAAAAGGCGGCUGGACGAUCAAGCCUAAGGAGCUUUCGCUGUGCCCGGUCCAAAAGGGUCAGUGGGUCCAGUGGGAGAAAUCCGAUGAGGACAUACCCGAGGGCGAUAUCGGGCAGGUGACGUGCAUCAGGUAUCAGGACGACGACGAAAACAACGGCAUGAAAGUGUAUGCAAACUUCAAGAAGGGCUACUGGUCCUUUUCUCCGAGCUCGCUGAAACCCCUCGGCCUAGGCGCAGAUGUGAUCAGAGGCCUGAAGACGACUUUCAAGAAGUUCGACAAGAACAACGACGGAAAGCUCACCGAGGAAGAGUUGCUGGCAGUGCUGGGUAAGCUUGGCCUAAGUGAGGAUGAUUGUAGGACUCUCUUCGAGUCUUUGGACAAGGAUGGAAACGGCAAGCUCACGACCGACGAGUUUAUCGAGUACAUCUUCGGAUCUUCUACUCCAGACACCAUGAAGAGGAUGCUUGCGGACGGCUUUGGCUUGGGAGACGCCCUGGGCUUCAAAAACAGCGAUGGUGAGCACGACGACGAUGAGAACGAUGAUAAACCGGGUAGUAGUCAGGAGGUUGACGGCCCAGCGAAGCCUGUCACGGCGGAGUCGAUUGAGGAGAUCGAGGGUAUUGGUCCCGAAACAAUCGUGUCCCGGGCCGAGUGGGCGACUGCGAUGUUGUCAGUUGGCGUUUGCCGCCAAGCGGCAAUUGAGGGCUUCGACGGCUGCCUGGCCGACUUGAACCAAGAGGAUGAUCCCACACUCGAAUACCUUGGUGCGGAGCUCAACGGGACCGGUGGCACUGUGGGCGUGGAAGAGCUCCGUGCCGCCGUCGGCAAG